CUGCAACGGAAGUGAUCAACUUUGUUUACAGUGGAUACGGAUGGAAAGGAAAAGCUGCUGAAUAUCAAAAUAUUCCAGAAGGAUGUCUGAAAGUCCUGAAUCAAGACGAAGCGAACAAAAGAGUGUGACUAGUCGCACAUCCAUCAGUGUCAAGUUGCCUUCUGCAAGUUCUGGAGAUGGAUACAAGAAAAGUAGAAGUCCAGAUCGAGCCUCAACUGGUGAUGGGAAACUGACACCACUGACUCCAAAAUCCCAUGAAAGCAAGUUUUCAGUUUCUCUUGAGGGCAGAGAGUAUGUACACACUCGGCCAGCCCCUACACCAACAAGUGCAAAAACACUGUCCCCUUCCCCUAUCCAGAGCCUCAGACAUGGAGCCCACAAUCAGAGAGAGUUAAUUCGACAGGCAGCAGCAUCUAUUAUAGAGCGAGCAUGGAUAGCCUUUCGAGACAGGCAGAUGUUUUGUCUUCUCAAGCACUCAAUCUGUGCAGCAGAAAAUUCACUGUCACAUGAAAUUCUUCGCAAGGUGUGCCCAAAAGAGGCAGUGUUUCUGAAAGACAAAAGUUUACAGAUAAAAGUUCGAUUUCGGUUUGGAGGAAGUGAAUUUCCUCCAAUGAUUUUCUUCAAGAUUUUCUACAACACAGAUGGGAAGGGCAUUAAGUACAUUAGUGGCAAGAAGAUGAUUAAACCAGCAUCAGAGGCAGCAGAGGAUUCACUUCGACUGAUGGGUAACCGACUGUUUUAUGAACAGAUGCUACAAGAUUCAAUUUUCCAACAACAGUAUAAUAUUUCAGAUGAGGUGGAUGUUACAACACUCAAGGAUUAUAUGCAGUACUUGGCCAACGUGGACGAGACACCUGCUUACAUGGGAGGAAAAGAAAAUUACUGGCGGAAGCUCACAUUGGAUGUGUUACCUCGCCACACCAUCUUCUAUGAUGUCAUAGAAUAUGCAUACAACAAUAAGAUGACCCCAAGACUUGAAGAAGAGCUGCCCCUCCUUGUAUCCCGCCCUGUCACUCAGGAGAUUCAGCUGGAGCAGCUACGCAGCAUUGGACUCAUGAGGACCCCACUUGUACCUAUGCCAACACCCAAGUCAGGGAAAGUGUCUGUCUUGAACCCACACAUAUCCGGACGCAGAUCAAAACAAGCAAAAUUACGGGCUGUCAAAAUGAGGAUGAUGAUGGGAUUAGGUGGGGACCGGGUGGGUGGAGAGAGAGCUGCUGACCACUACCUGGACUGCUACAACCAAGAUGGUGACCUGCCCACACAGCCCCAGGAAGACUGGGAACACGAGGCAAGCAAGCUGUAUGAGUGGACACAAGAACUCUCAUUCAAUGAUGAGGCAAUGGCAACUCCAAGAUUGUUACUUACAUCAUAGCUUCAACUUCACUAUCUGCAAAACAAUGUUUUUCUGUGUAUGGGUUUCAGCUACAAAGAACAAUUACUUACACUUACGUUCACUGUUGUAAUUAUGCAUAAAAUGGGGUCUUUGCCAUUAUUCUGUUGUUGUAAAAGAAGUAGCCAUUGAAACACCAUUGUGGUAAGCCUAAAAGACCUAAGUUUAAUACACUGGUAUUGUUUCUUUAUCAUCUUAGUAAGCUCAGUUCACCACUUCCACUAAAGUGUGAGAUGAAGUGUACACUGUUGGUCAACAAGAUUCAUUUGUUCUUUGUACUCAGAAGUAGUCUCACACCAAAAGGUUAUGAUUGGUUUUGGAGGUUGGGUGGUGUUACAAUGUCAAUUAGUACAUCCAGACACCAUAUUAUAUUUUUGAAAACUGUUCUUGAUCCUAUCUUCAGGAUUUUUACCCUGCAUAUUUGUUCUGAUGAGUGUAAAAUUGAUGUGACACAACCAGGCAAUGGAUAUUUGCUCCUUAAUACAAUUUGUGUCAACGGUGCAUGCUAACAUUGCACACUUACCCUGUUUAUAAUCAUGUGGUAUCAUCCCUAAUUUUCAGUGAUCCAUCCAUAUAAUUUCCACGGCUUUGUUGCCUUUUAACUGCAAUGGAAUGUCUUACAUCAGAUAAUGAAAUUUACGGAAAGAAUAAAGAUCCAAUAAGCAAACUGAUACAUAAUUUAACAUACAUAAUUUGUAUUAACAGAACUACAAGUGUUGUCAGUUUACGUUUUGAUGAGACAUGGUUAUAAUAAUUAGUUAGUUAGUUAUUAUGUGUUUCUGCGGCCAAGUGGGAUAUCACACUGACAAUUAACUUCUGGCAUCCAGCAGCAAGAUACUUGUUACUGAUUCAUAAUUAAAGUACUGUCGGAAAUAGAAAAAAAACUGUUUUUAGGCUGUUACUCUGUAUCCUUAAAAUUUACACAAUUGCAAAUAGCAUAUAUGUCGA